AUGUCGGGAAUGCGACGCAGCCAGGCGGCGGCCCUCACCGUUGGCCUUCUGUUGAUCUACUUCCUCUUCUUCUCAGGCUCUGGUUCGAGCACAGACUUCCGCAAAACCACCGAAGCCUCGUUAUCGCGCCGUCGCGGUAUCUUGAGGGGCGCCCUGUCCGACAAAGAGUUGACGGCGCAGACAAACCGCGAGUUGCAGAUGAUUCUGGACAGGCAGAGGGAACAGCGACAACGUGAAGACGACCAGAGGAUUUUCGAUGCGUCGCCAGUUCAAGGCAAUCACCCGUAUACUUCGACCAUCAAUUUCGACGAUGAUGAGGUCAGCAUCGGUGGGAGGAAGACCAUGCCGAAAGAGAAGCCCAAGUACCCUGUCGACACGGCCAAAGCCGCCGGUGCCACGGCUGUCGCAGCGGAUGGGAGGGGUGAGGAGACCGCAUACAACGGGAACAAAGUCGAAAAAGCAAAGGACGACGGAGAGGAUAUGGCACGGGAAGAGUUGCAAAGUAUUCUAAAGAAGAGCCCGAUUAUCAUAUUCUCCAAGUCCUAUUGCCCUUACUCAAAACGAGCCAAAACCCUCCUUUUAGAAACAUACAGCAUCACGCCCGCCCCUUACGUGGUGGAACUCGAUCUGAUGACCACCCCCGUUCCCAAACCCCACGAUGCUGAUGAAGACGACGAUGCGCCAGUUCCCACACUGGGUCGCAAGUUGCAGGACCUCUUGGCCACAUUGACUGGUCGACGGACCGUGCCAAAUAUCAUGAUCAAUGCGCAGAGUCUCGGCGGGAGCGACGAUAUUGCUAAAAUGCAUAUGGAGGGCACUCUGGAGGACGAGAUCAGAAAGAUGGGCGGAAAGAGGAUCGUCAGUGUCGAAAAGAAGCAUGAUUGA